CUUGUAUAUCAAAGAGCCCUUCUUGGAAGCCUGAGCCGGCGGGUUCUCCCUUCCUUCUGCGGGGGGGUCCCCUCGCUGGGAGGUCCUGGGCUGUUUUAGGAGACGCGGGGUCUCCCUUAGACAGUGCGAGGCUUCCCGCACCCCAGCGCCGGGGCCCUUCCAGGGGUGUUUGCAAGGGUACCCCCGGCAGCAGCGCACCCCAGCGGGUCAGCCCUUCAGCCCCUCGCGCCGCAUCACCCACCAGGAGGGCAGACCGGGCCCCACCGGCGCGCCGAGCGUGCGUAACGUGCCCCCGCAGCGUGACGCAUGCGCCGUGCCGGGCGGGGGAGCGGGAUGCGCCGUGAGGGGAGCGCGCAGGAGGCGGAGUGCGGGAGGAAGUUGGCGUCUGCCGGGAGGAGAAAGGAGAGGGAGCCGCGGCUGGGCGCGGCGAGGUGAGGCCGGGAGCCGGCGGGAGGGCGCCUCCCCCCCGCCCCCCUCCGCCUCUGAGGAUGGAAGUGACGACAGCAGCCGAGGAGGUCACUUCCUGCUGGGGUGGAUGAGGAGGAGCCGGAGACGCCGUGGAGGAGACCGGACCGAAGACGGACCGCGCUGGGGAGAGCAGGAGGGUGAAAAUGAAAGCAGGCUGUAGCAUCGUGGAAAAGCCAGAAGGAGGUGGAGGGUAUCAAUUUCCUGACUGGGCCUACAAGACAGAGUCAUCCCCGGGUUCCCGGCAGAUCCAGCUGUGGCACUUCAUCCUGGAGCUGCUACAAAAGGAGGAGUUCCGCCAUGUCAUCGCCUGGCAGCAGGGAGAAUACGGGGAGUUUGUCAUCAAGGAUCCAGAUGAGGUGGCCCGCCUCUGGGGCCGCAGGAAAUGCAAGCCACAAAUGAAUUAUGACAAGCUGAGCCGGGCCCUCAGGUACUAUUACAACAAGAGGAUCCUGCAUAAAACAAAAGGGAAAAGGUUUACUUACAAAUUUAACUUCAACAAGCUGGUGAUGCCCAACUACCCAUUCAUCAACAUUCGGUCAAGUGGUGUGGUUCCUCAGAGUGCGCCACCAGUGCCCACAGCCUCUUCCCGGUUCCAUUUCCCACCUCUCGACACCCAUUCUCCAACCGGUGAUGUGCAGCCAGGGCGGUUCUCUGCUAGCUCUCUGAUUGCUGGCCAGGAGUCUAGUAAUGGCACUGAUAGGAAGGCAGAGCUUUCAGAGCUAGAGGAUGGCUCAGCUGCUGACUGGCGCCGGGGUGUGGAUCUUGUGCCCUCCCGGAACACUGUCAGUGGUGGAGGGAUUGGCCCUCAGAAACGCAAGCCUGACAUAAUGCUUCCUCUGUUCACUAGGCCAGGGAUGUACCCUGACCCCAACAGCCCCUUUGCUGUUUCCCCAAUCCCUGGCCGCGGAGGUGUCCUUAAUGUCCCCAUUUCACCAGCCCUUUCCCUGACACCCACCAUCUUCUCCUAUAGCCCAUCACCAGGCUUGAGCCCCUUCACCAGCAGCAGUUGCUUCUCCUUCAACCCUGAGGAAAUGAAACACUACCUUCAUUCUCAAGCCUGUUCUGUGUUCAACUACCAUCUGAGUCCUCGGACUUUUCCACGUUAUCCAGGGCUCAUGGUUCCACCACUUCAGUGCCAAACGCACCCCGAGGAGUCAGCUCCAUUUUAUAUCAAGCUGCAGCCUCCACCAGUUGGGCGGAAGAACCGGGAGAGAGUAGAGAGCAGUGAGGAGUCAGCACCUGUCACUGCAUCCACCAUUGCUCCUGUCCCCUCAAAAAUUAAGGUAGAGCCUGCCUCUGAAAAGGAUCCUGAGAGCCUCAUGCAGGCAGCACGAGAGGAGGAGAAGCAUGCUCAAGAAGAGGGCACUGUGCCCCGCAGGACCACAGAAGGAGGAAAAGACACCAUCUUUGUCCGCCCCACUGCACCACCCAUCUGGUCCACUGUGCCCAUUAGCAGCCCAAAUGAAGGACCCCUGGAGGUGACUGAAGACAGUGAGGACAGGCCCUGCAAAGAGCCCAGUGCACCUGAGAAGAAAGAAGAUGCCCUGAUGCCUCCCAAGCUUCGGUUGAAGCGACGAUGGAAUGAUGACCCUGAGGCCCGAGAGCUGAGCAAGAAUGGCAGGUUCCUCUGGAAUGGGUCAGGACCCCGGGGCUUGGCAACAGCAGCUGCCGAUGCUUAGAACUGGAAGUGGAUUUGGAGUUGUUAAUACUAUAAUCAAAUACAUACAUGUAUUUAUGUAGCAAGAUUUCAGGGUGGGGGGGAGUUAGAUUGGGCUGAUCAUUCUAGGGGCAUAGACUUGUAUUUUUAUGUUUUGGGGAUGGGAUGGGGUAUCUUCUGUUGUAAAUUAGAUGGGAUGUGAACACAAUUUUUUUCCUGGUGAGUAGGACACAGGGAGGAUAUUAAACUGAAAGGAGGAGAAGCCUCUGUUUCCUGCUGAGGCUCACACUUGCUGACAAGGGAACUCGUAAAGGGCCAGGAUACUUUUUGAUCCCAUAAUAGUUCAGGUUCCAGAUUUCUUUCUUUUCUAUUGUAUUUAUAUAUGGAAAGCCAUUAAUGAAUUUAUUAUGCUCUGAAAGAUACACAUAAAAGGGAAAAGGGCAUGGUUGGGAGGUGGAGCAGUGGGAGAACAUUGAUAAUAAGUGUUUUGCCUGAAAUGUUUAUAAUUAUUUCAGGGGAGGAAUAAGAUAAUCUCAGUCCUACUGGGGUGGGGGGUAUUCAGAUAUUGCUCUUUCUCUUUUUUCCUUUUUGGUGGUUGGUUGGCGUUUUUUCUUUAAAAAAAAAAAAAAAAAUGUUUUCAGGAAACAGCAUACUGCCAGUUAGUGUGGGGCUGGGAAGGCAUAGGAGCGGCCACCUCUCAGCUGUGUGGUUAAGAGAGGAAGCCCUGCUGUGUGCUUCUCAGACAUUCCCCUUCUUCACCUAUUAAGAAGCCAUGAGGAAUUGUAAACUCUUGUUCAGGGAAGAAAGAAGAGAGCAGAAGGAAGGAACCCAAUGCCUUUAAAAACAAAAAAUAAUAACUCAUUUUUCCUUUUGCAUUGUGGGUUUGGGGAGCCAAACCAAAAUGACUGUGAGUGAACUCACCAAGAGGCAGGACAACAUUGUUGAAGAUGUCUUUCCAUUAUGUCUUGAUUCUUUUCUUUUCUUAAGUCAGGCCUUAACUAUGGACAUACCUUAAGAUGAUACGGGUCUGUCAACAUAAACCUGUAAAGGGCGUGGACAACUUUCAGAUAAUCCAGGAAUGUUGAGACAUGGUUAAAUUUCUAGCUGAUAGGUAGUCAUUUCCUCUGGAUGUUGUUGAAAUGGUAACAAAAAGGCAGGAUUGUGGGAGUUAAAAGCAAAUGUUACCUAGAAACACAGAAGGUGGCUGAGUGGGGUACAAGUGGAUGUUUGUUGGGACUGAAAGAAGAGGUGGAAAGAAGGCACAUAAGGCAACUAGACGUCAAAAGCCUGGUUUUAGUGAGGAAGAGUUGGGUCUGUCUUGUGGUGUUGCCAUUCUUGCUGUACCCAUUUGCCUAGAUUGUUUGAUUCUCAUGUUCAAUUGACUGUCCUACAUGAGACUCCAGUUUACAGGCAGUGAGGAAUUAUUUCUUCAUGGGAAAUUGCCUUUCAGCAACUUCAAAGGAAUGGGGAAGUAUUGAUCUUGGACUACGGGCAAAGUGAGAGAAACAGCAGCUCACCUGUGUGUGUGCACAUGUGCCUAUGUAGUGCACGUGAAUGCUUGGACAGUGGCUCAGAUCCGCCAAGCAGCAGGGCAGUCUCCGUAUCUGAUGAGAGCAAGGGGUGGUACGGGGAUGGUGUCUAGGAAUUGGAGAACUGACUCCACCUUAACCUAAGCGAACUCUGUAUGCCAUUUGAGGGUUGUCUUUUGAUGGUGGGGGGUGUUUUUUCCUUUUUAGACAGGAGUGCUUAUGCUAGCGGGGGGCUCAGGAAAGGUUAGAGGGGACUUGAGUCCAUCAUGCUUUUUCUUGACUAGUGUCCUCCCCUUUUUGAUUCAUAUUCCAUGAGUGACCUUUCUUUGAGAAAAGGACUGAGAAUAGUGGUCCCUAGCAACUCACUCAGUCUUAGGUCAGGCUGCAAAGGGCUCCUGGUUCAGACUGCCUUUGGUGGUUGUGUUUUCCUCAGUUUCUUACUCUGCUUCUCAACUUACCUUUGAAUCAGAAACCAAGCCCAGCAGGUAGAGAAGGGUCCUCUGCUUGAUGUCCCAUCUAACCAGGGAGACUGGCUGUCCACUCACUGUCUGCUGGAGGGGAGGGCCAGCAGGUGUCAGUAUGAACUCAGGAAUAGAAACACAAGGCCUUUAAAAUAAGAGGGGAAAAAAAAUUCGUGAUGCAUACCUGUAACCCCCUAGAACCCAAGUGCCAGAAUUCCUAGAUGCUGCUUCUGUUUGAAAAAGUCACUGCUUUUACACUUGAAAAAAACACACACUCAAGAAAUGUUCAACUCCAUGAAUAAUGUUCUUUGGCUUUAAGAAAUUGUUUAACUGUCUCCUUUGAUUGCCAUUCCACCAGUAAAUUGUUGGUUGAUUUGCACUGCACACUGGGGUUGGGUUGAGGGUAGGGAGAGCUCAGAGCCAAACUUGGGCGUGCUCAGGAAGUGGACCAAGGAAUGUGGAGGUCAUCCAUCUUGCUUGGGGCAGAGUAGUGGGGGAUGGUUCUUCUACCCCAGCCCAUUCCUAGCAACAUGUCACCAGCCUGGUAGAAAGCCAGGCCUUUCCCUUCUGUGAGCAUCUCAUCACCGUCCAACAGCAGGUAGAAAAAAGGGGGGGACAAAACCAGACCUAUGUUUUCUCCCCCAUUUUUUUCCAAAUUUUGCUAUGCCAAAUAUAUAAAACUUAGCAAAUAUAAAUCUACUGAAAGGUCAUUAAUCAAGAACUGGUUCGAGUAAGGUUUGCUUUUUAGCUAUAGGGGGAGAAAAAUAGAGAUCUCACAAGGGCAUCCAGCCUCACUGAGCUUACCUUUUUUUCUGAUGAAUGGGUAGGAGUGAAAUAUAGUUCACCAAAUCUCUUUAUCCUAAUUUUCAAGCUGCACUGCAUUAAACCCAACUCAAUACAGGGAAUUAUGCCCUAGUCCUCCACGGGCCAAGAAACUUUGAGAAGCAUUAAAAAAAUAGUUGAAAUAUAUCACUUCUUACCAAAUGGGUAGAGUCAGUUGGCUGUUUGUCCCUUAUUUUUUUAUUUAUUCCAUAAUUAUGUUUGUCCUUUUUGUUUUGUAAACAGUAAUAGAGCACACAUUUGUUUUUAAAGAAAACUUUUGAUUCAGUGUUUCAAGACCUGUUUCAUUUUGGAUUUCCUUUUAGGGAAAAAAAGUUACCAGUUAAUUUGUUUUGAAAUACUUAGGCAUUCUUUGAGUUACAAAAUUGUGAUGCAGGGAUUUGUGAAUGAAACGUGAAAGAACAUUCACUAGUUAUCCGCAUAAGCAGAAUAAAGUGUGUAUAUGUACAUAAAAUGUAAGUAAUUUUAACUCCAUUGUGCAGUGCCUUUUAGAUGUUCCGCUUUCUAUAAAGUCUUCAGAUUUUUGCAUAUAUAUUAUAUAUAUGAUGUAAUGUUAUAGAAAUAUAUGUAUAAUAUACAUAUUUUUUCCAGGGGUAUCUGAUAGUUCUGUAUUUUGUUAUGAAAGUUGAAAGAAAAAAGUAUUUUACCUCAGAAAUUAAAGUUAAAUAAAAAAAAUUCUUUUAA